ACGUUUCGACCGACGUCUAAGCGAAAGCUCUGAUUGGUCGUCAUCCUCUGACCUCGGUAGGGACUCCGCCGCACUUCGGCAGAGGACAGGUUCAACAUGGCGGCGUCCCUGAGGUGCUUUCUCCGCUCCGGAAAAGUAAGCGUUUUUCCACCUGUUUCUGUGUUUUAACUUUGGUCGUAGGUUUGUGGGUGAUAUAAGUUAUUAAUGGCGUCUCUUUGUGUGUGUUCAGAAUGCCGUGUCGGCGCUGGGACGGCGGGAAUUUCACAGGAGCUCUCCUGCUGCUGUGCAGGUCAGUGUUAGCAUCGGGGAGGCUAACGUCAGUGACUGAAUUCCAGCUGUUUUUGCCAGAUUUAUUCAACUUAGAAUGCAGUGAGAGCUUACAAACACUGCUGUGAACAGGAAUUUGUAUGUUGUAACCAUUUGUGCGUGGCUGAACCUUCUUCUUUGACUGUCAUGUGAAGGUUUGCUGCUGUUUACCUGAACAGGGAUACGGGCUGUGAUCAUGUCAACCCUGAUUCAUGUUGGAGCAAAUACUCUAAAUGUUAAACUGAUGAUUCAGGAUGAGUGUUUAUAAUAACAGCAGGACAUUCAUUUAAAUUAAAACUAACUUCAUGCUGUCAUCCUGAGUGCUGAACUUUUGUCACUCCCUUCAUUAAACUACACUGACAUCUCUGGUACUGUAUUUAACUGGUUUAAAACAUAUCUGAAUGGCAGGAAAUUUUACGUUCGCACUGAAGAACGCUCAUCAAGAACCUAUGACAUGGAGUGGCGUUCCCCAGGGCUCAAUUUUAGGCGCCACACUUUUUAAUCUGUAGAUGUUACCAUUAGGAGAUGUCAUCAGGAGACACGGCAUUAACUUUCACAGCUAUGCUGAUGAUACACAGCUUUACCUGGCCGUGUCUCCUGAUGACACAGGGCCCAUUGACGCCCUUUUUUACUGUAUUUUAGACGUCCAGUCCUGGAUGGCUGACAACUUCUUGCAGCUCAACCAGGACAAAACCCAGGAUUUAGUCAUCGGUACAAGGAGAGAGAGAGAAACUGGAGAACAAACUCAGAGGACUGUCUUUUAAUCCCUCAAAACAAGUUUAGAAUCUGGGUGUUAUAUUUGAUUUUAAUCUCAGCUUUACGUCACACAUACGCGAUAUCACCAAAAAGGCUUUUUAUCACCGUAAGAACAUCUCCAGAGUUCGCCAGUUUCUCUCUCAAACUAAUGCAGAGACUCUUAUCCAUGCUUUUAUUACCUGCAGAAUUGAUUAUUGUAAUGCUCUCCUCUCUGGUCUUCCUAAAAAGAUUCAGCUCACGCAUGCUGACGGAGACCAGGAGAAGAGCCCACAUUACACCAAUUUUAAAGUCUCUGCAUAGGCUUCCUGUAUCUUUUAGAAUAGAUUUUAAGGUUCUUUUAUUAGUUUAUAAAUGUCUUAAUGGUCUUGGUCCCUCUUAUUUAUCUGAUUUGCUUUUACGAUAUGAGCCCAGUAGAGCCCUCAGGUCUUCAGGUAGUGGUCUUUUAAUAGUCCCCAAAGUUAAAACCAAACUUCUUUUAGUAUAUUUUAACACUAUUUGUUUAUUUUCUUUUAUUGUUUGAUCAUAAAACAGUUUUAUUGUACAAUAUUUUAUUAUUAUCAUUAUUAUUAUUAUUUAUUAUUUAUUUUUUUUUUCAGUUUUCUUGAACUGUCAUACGUCACGUGUCCUGCACUGUGGUUUUGUCUUUCAGGAUUUGCUCGCAGCUUUGACCUAACAAUAAAAACCUAAUGUGAUUACUGUUCUUGUUCAGAUGACAGUCCGUGAUGCCCUGAACCAGGCCAUGGACGAGGAGCUGGAGAGGGACGAGCGGGUGUUCCUGCUGGGCGAGGAGGUGGCUCAGUAUGAUGGAGCUUACAAGGUCAGUAAACACCCAGAACUCUGUCCCAGAUGACUCGGUUUGAAGCACCAUUUCAUAACCAGGUUUCGCAACAACAGUGGUGUCAGUUUGUGCGUCAUUCGCCUUACAUUCAAAGCAAAUUUGUAAGUGCUACAAGACAGAGAGAGAGAGAGAGCGAGAGCAUAUUUGAAGUGGAUAUGAUGUGCAUGACUUUCCCACUCGGCCAAACUACUGCCUCGAGUAAUGAAGGUUUCUCGUGCUAGCCUGUGGGGUGGGUUGUGAAUGCACUGGUGCGUCAAAUAGAAGAUUUUUAUUCUAUUCUGGGUGAGACAGGAAGUCGGUGUGGUGGUUGCAGGAUUGGUAUGAUGUGUUCAUAUUUAUGCACUCUGAUCAGGAUCCGAGCUGUGCUGUUUUGGAUGGACUGGAGGUUCUUGCUGGGAAACCCGGUAAAACAGUAGUUUAUGCUGGAGGAGAGGUAGCCAGCUGUUAGAUCGGCGCGUGGACACUGAGGGGCCUCUGGUGGUGUUAAGCGGAGCCAAUUUUAGCACCACCACUACAUCUACCGUCCUCUUUUAUCAGAGUUACAAAGAUAACUUUUCGGGACUUUUCACACCUACAUUGAAGGACAGUGGAGGGCAGAAAAAAGCAAAGGACAGUAGGUGGGAGUCACUCAUAGGUCUGUUCAUAAAGAGUUUACAAAACAGUUGAACUAAACCAGCAACCGGAGUUACAAACUGAAGAUGCAGGUAGUGACAGAGGUGGAGCAGCUGGUUCAGGAAUAACCCGGUUCUUACAGAGUUAAGAGGUUUAGGGCGGCAGGUUUCCAGCAGAGACAGGAACAAGUCAGUGAGGAGAAAGACAGAGAAGCAGUGAGACAGCACAGGAGGCGCCUCUUAGAUUUUCCUGAUUUUCUUUCAUACAAUAAUAAUCAAAAUCUAUGUUUUCUGUGUUGAUGCAGGUGAGCAGAGGUCUGUGGAAGAAGUAUGGAGACAAGCGCAUCAUCGACACUCCAAUCACAGAGGUGAGACAUUCGUCUUCUAAGAUGUUUAUAUUUUCUGUCAUUGUCAGCUUUGAAAUAAUAAUAAAGUUAUUGAUGAUGAUGAUGAUGAUGAUGAUAAUCCCUCUCUUCUGUGGCUCAGAUGGGCUUUGCUGGUAUUGCAGUUGGAGCUGCCAUGGUGAGUGUCACGUUUAGGACUUUGUUUGCGAUGAAUAAAACUUUAAAAAUAUAAGUUUACUACAAGAGAUUGUUUUGCAAAACAGCUCAGACUUUCACCUCGUUAUUCCACUGAAACUUUUUUAAACCUUAAAAUGACUCAUGUCCUUGAUUUUUGAUGAAAGAUUUCAAUCUGACGUCUCCUACAGGCCGGUCUCAGACCCAUCUGUGAGUUCAUGACCUUUAACUUCUCCAUGCAAGCCAUCGAUCAGGUCAUCAACUCUGCUGCAAAGACCUACUACAUGUCAGCCGGUCUGCAGCCAGUGCCCAUCGUCUUCAGAGGCCCCAACGGAGCGUCAGCAGGUGUCGCUGCUCAGCACUCACAGUGUUUCGCUGCAUGGUGCGUUCACUGACACCUGAUACUGUUAAUACAUUUCAUAAGCUCUUUGUAAAGCGUGCAAAGUUGACUGUUGCAGCAGCUUUGAAAAACUGUGUGGUUUCUCUGUUUGUCUGCAGGUACGGUCACUGUCCAGGUCUGAAGGUUGUGAGUCCCUGGAACUCAGAAGAUGCCAAAGGUCUCCUGAAAUCAGCCAUCAGAGACGACAACCCCGGUAAGACACCACAGUCUCACAGCAGGUCAACAAAAUCUGUAAUUACAGUCUGCUCCAACACUUUCCCUGAACUCCUUCUCCCAUGUGUGUGUGUUUGUGUUGCAGUGGUGUUCCUGGAGAACGAGCUGAUGUACGGCGUUCCCUUUGAGAUGUCAGAGGAGUCACAGUCCAAAGAUUUCACCAUUCCCAUUGGCAAGGCCAAGAUCGAGAGACAAGGUGAGAUCUGGUUUUUAUACGGGCGCUGUGGCACUGAAGUCGGCCUGACUGUGAAGGCAGAGUGAAAGAAGCUUCCAGCAGAAACUGAUGACUAUCAUGAGUUAACAAACAGGCCUGUUUACCAAAGUGUGAAAUUAUUAUAAUAAAUGUCAGGUACCCAUCCCUCUGAUUUGUAGUGUCACUGUGAUCAUCCUGACCUCUCUCUGUGUUUCAGGGAGUCAUGUGACUUUGGUCAGCCACUCUCGGUACGUCAGUCACUGCCUGGAUGCUGCUGUCGUCCUCUCUAAAGAGGGGAUCGAGUGUGAGGUGAGAAACUUAAGGACAUGUCUAGUGUUAUUUUGACACAGGUAACUUGUGACCACUACUUAAUCGACUGGUGUGUGUGUGUGUGUGUGUGUGUGUCAGGUGGUCAACCUGCGGACCAUCCGUCCUCUGGAUGUGGAGACUAUUGAAGCCAGCGUGAUGAAGACCAACCACCUGGUAACAGUGGAGGGCGGCUGGCCUCAGUUUGGUGUCGGAGCUGAGAUCUGCGCCAGGGUCAUGGAAGGUAACAGCUGACACACCGACGCUCUGCCCUCUCUCUGCACUUCACACUAAUGAUGAGACACCGGGCUGCUCUGUGGGACUGUUUAAGGUUAAUGUGACAUUCAGUGGAUGACUUAAUCUUCCUCAAGGCUUCAUACAGACAUAACAGAGUAUUCGCAGGAAGAGAGGAGAGCUGCAGCAGGGUUUCUGUUUCGGUGCUUCUUUUACAUUUGUGUGAAUCAUGUGGAAACAUGAUGGAGAGUGAUUUCAACAGGAAUCAAGUUACACAUUUGAUCGUCCUGACUCAGUCUUUGUAAAAAUCUUCUCAUUUAUCCAUUUUAGGCCUUUCAGAUUUUUAAGAAAGUCUUCAAAUGUUUGUAGAGAAUCAGCAGAUUAGCCGUCCGAACUUGGGAAGUCCUGAUGUAAAGAUUUUUUAGGGGCGUAAAGUGGAGACAUUAAGGUGAUCUGAAAUCAUGAACCUUCUCUGUUUUUUCAGGUCCUGCCUUUAACUACCUGGACUCUCCGGUUACCAGGGUAACAGGCGUGGACAUCCCCAUGCCGUACGCCAAAAUCCUGGAAGACAACAGCCUGCCGCAGAUCAAAGACAUCAUCCUGUCCGUCAAAAAGACCCUUAACGUCUGAGAUACACACACACACACACGUAUAUACACACUCUACCACACACACACACACACACACAAAUGCAGGAAAGACCAACCUGAAUCCUCGUUGUCUUUUACGCACAGAUUGUGAUAACAGUGUCUGAUAAAACUUUAAACCAUGUGUAAAUACAGCCAAACGCUCCUUUGAAAACGCUCCAGAUUCAAACAGCCAGAUGUUGAUCACAGAUGUUCGUCUGUACCAGAGCGAUAAACACACUCAGAGUUCAGCCAAGUCUCCGUCUGUGUUAACGGGUUCAAACUUGAUUCUAAUCUGUGCGGCUCUGGCUGCUCUCUUCACUUGCCCCCCUUUAAAAUAAAAGCUGUUCCACCCUGUAGGAUUUCCUGGGAGUUUAGUACCAACAGAACUACCGUCUGAGCAGAAGAUGUGAGGGUCUGAUCCGUUUGUGGAUCUGAGAGUCGCCUCAGAUUCUUGUAAAUUUCCCGCUUUAGCUCUCUUGCACUUCUGGUUCAGGUUUUGUUCCUGUGUCUCAAUUCUGACUAAACUGUGUCUGUAGAAGUGAGUAUGAAGCAGUAUUAACCAUCAGAGUCAACAAUUUCUCUUUUAUUUCUGAAACGUUUCUGAACAAAAUCAAACAAUGAUGCACUUUUAUUGGAAUAAGAGACGUUUGAGUCGUAUGCCACCUGUUUGUUAUUCUGACAAAUAAAAAAAAAAGGUCAAACAUGAAUAUCCCUCCAAACUAAAAGUCUCAGAUUUAAUCAGCCAUCCGCUGAAAACUGAUUUAAAACUGAGCAAAAAUCCAAAAUGAGUUAAAAUUCUGAGUUUGUUCCCCUUUCUUCUCAGUUUUAGACUCUCGGGCUGGUUAAAAACCUCAUCUUAGCUCCGUGUAGUUCUGUUGUUAAUAAACUCCACCUUAACUUUAGCCACAAAAAAACGUUAGACUUGGUCUGUAAACUCUGUCUAUCCCUCACACUGACUCCAGUCCGUCUCUAAAAACUGCAGCUAUGAAUGAACGGGCUGAGAGCCGCAGAUGGAGAGUGGGUGGGAAUAUUUAUUGUAGCUGCAGCAGCUCUGUGGAUGUUUUUGUUGCUGUAAAUUAAUCUGAUACAGAAAUAAAAACCUUUCAGUCUCCUGA